AUGGGAACCCCACAAGCUAGUUUGAAUGUUCUUAUGUUUCCAUGGUUGGCUCAUGGUCACAUCUCUCCCUUCCUAGAGCUAGCCAAAAAACUAGCACACAAAAACUUCCAUGUAUCCCUUUGUUCAACACCUAUCAAUCUCAGUUCCAUCAAAGAAAAAAUCACCCACAAGUACUCUCUCUCCAUACAACUAGUUGAACUCCAUUUGCCUGAUUCUCCUGAGCUUCCUCCUCAUUACCACACCACCAAUGGCCUCCCAGCCCAUCUUGCAUCUAAACUCAAAGAUGCUUUUGAGAUGGCAAGCCAAAACUUCGACAACAUCUUCAAGACCUUAAAACCUGACCUGCUUAUAUAUGACGUUAAUCAGCCAUGGGCUGCAGCCAUAGCUUCCUCUCACAAUGUCCCGGCUGUUCAGUUUCUUACUAGUGGAGCAGCGACAGCUUCUUUUUCCCUUCACAUGCUAAAGAUGGGUGACGAAAAAUUCCCAUUCCCGGAAAUUCAUAUUCGUGGAUAUGAAAGCCUCAUGACUCGGGGUGCGGUCUCCACUCCUGAGGAUCUUUUUAAAGAUAGGUAUCGUUUUUUGGAAGCUCUUGAACGGUCAUGUAACAUCGUUCUGAUUAAAACUGUUAGAGAACUUGAGGAAAAAUAUAUUGAUUAUCUAUCGGUUUUAGCUGAGAAGAAGCUUGUUCCGCUUGGUCCACUUGUUCAAGACCCUGUUAGUCAAGAUGAGCAUAAGGACAUCAUGCAAUGGCUAGAUAAAAAGAACAAAUAUUCAACAGUGUUUGUUUCUUUUGGCAGUGAGUAUUUUCUGUCCAAGGAAGAGAUGGAAGAGGUAGCUCAUGGGCUAGAGAUUAGCAUGGUUAAUUUCAUAUGGGUGGUGAGGUUUCCCAAAGGGGAGAAAAUUAGGGUUGAAGAUGCACUACCAGAAGGAUUUUUUGAGAGGGUAGGAGAGAGAGGAAAGGUGGUGGAAGGAUGGGCCCCACAGGCUAAAAUCAUUGGGCAUCUGAGUACAGGUGGCUUUGUGAGCCAUUGUGGGUGGAGUUCUAUAAUGGAAAGCAUGAAGUUUGGUGUUCCAAUUAUAGCAAUACCCAUGCAUAUUGACCAGCCAUUGAAUGCUACAGUGUUGGAGGAGGUUGGUGUUGGUGUGGAGGUCGUGAGAGACAAUAAUGGAAAGCUCCAGAGAGAAGAGAUUGCACAUGUUAUAAGAAAGGUAGUUGUGGAGGAAAACGGUGAGGGUGUGAGGAGGAAAGCAAGGGAAGUGAGUGAGACAUUUAAAAUGAAAGGAGAAGAAGAGAUUGAAGUGGUGGUGGAGGAGCUGCUACAGCUUUGCAAGAAGAAGAAUUAAGAUUUCCAUUGAUAUCCGGUUAUAAAUACUAUUGAGUAAUGCUAUUUAUCACUUUUUAUUGUUUUGCGUCACCAUCCUUAUGUUUGAAUAUUUUCCUAUAUGAUUUAUCUAAUUUUGACCCACUUCGGUAUUGAAAUUUAUAAUAGAGUCUGGAGCUUGCUCACUCAACACUUUAACUUUUCCUAG